UUGAUUUUGAGUUCCAGGAUGAUGUUGCGAAUAUGAGUGAUGUGUUUGAUGUGAUGACCCCCGAAGAGAUAUUUAAUUGGAAGCUGAAAUGUGUAUCGAAGCUUUUAGCAGAAACCCCUAGUUUCCAAAACAUCCUGUUGUGUAAAGAUUAUGAGAAUAAAGAUGGUGAUGUAAACGUUCACCCAAUUAAUAAUUUCCUAGCUGUUUAUGGAAUACGCUCAUCACAUUUGAGAAAAAUAGGGUCCGAACAUGCUAUUAUAAUUCAUAAAGGUAAGAAUAGUGCCCAAUGUAAACGUCUCCGUCAAUUAGCAUUAAGACACAAG